CAUGCCGUUUGAAUGAAGUGGCGUUGUUUGAGGUGCUGCUCUGUCCAGAGGUACACACACACACACACACACGGAGGAGCUCAACUGAACCAGGAGGAAGCAAACAGCCCUGGAUUUCACUUCACAAAGCCAGAAAAGCAGGGAGAAGUGCACGGAAGUGAAGAGGAGCAGAAGAGUCUGGAAGUUCUCGUGCAUCUCCGACUUCUUCUUCUUCUUCUUCUUCUUCUUCUUCUUCUUUAAAGAGUGGGUUUGAAAGUGAGGUGUCCAGCGCUUGGGGAUGAUGUGACAGCUGAGAGAUCAGUGUGGAUUGACUUUCCUCUUUCUCACUCACGGAAAUUUGGGAUGAGAUGAUCAGGAGAAUGAUGAUGAUGAUGAUGAUUCUUCACACUGCGCAGAUGAAGAUCUCCACACAGGAGGACCAAACUGCACCCGUGUCGGAUUAACUCCGCUUCUCCUCAACAAUAGGAUGUUAUAAUAAAACAUGCAUUUAUUGUUUCCCUUCUAAAUUAUAGUAAACAACAACAACAACAACAACUUUGCUUUAAUUUCCUGCAGCCCAUGCAAGCUGGAUUAAUAAUCAGGGCUCGCGCUUUCCCUUUAAACAACUCCCGACAUCAACUCGGAAACUGUCGCCUAUGUUUGUUUGUUUGUUUGUUUUUUCCUCCUCCACAGUAAAGCAAGGAUGAAGGAGCGGAAAUUAACUUGCUGCUAAUUCACCACUGGAUUACUUUAAAACACACACACACAAACAAACAAAAUACAAUAAACACAAGCCUCAAGUCGGAGCCGCUCGUGCAGGAGAGAUGACGGCGCGCGCUCUGGGGUUUGCGCUGUUAAUCGUGCACACGUGCGCAGGAUCUCGUCUGCGGCAGGAGGACUACCCGCCCCGCAUCGUGGAGCAUCCCUCUGACCUGAUCGUGUCCAAGGGCGAACCUGCCACCCUCAACUGCAAGGCCGAGGGGCGGCCCACGCCUACGGUGGAAUGGUACAAAGAUGGCGAAAGGGUGGAGACGGAUCGGGACGACUCGCGUUCCCAUCGCAUGCUCCUUCCCACCGGUUCUCUGUUCUUCCUGAAAAUAAUUCACGGCCGUCGGAGCAAACCGGACGAAGGCUCGUACGUCUGCGUGGCCCGCAACUAUCUCGGAGAAGCCGUUAGCCACAACGCGUCGCUGGAAGUAGCCAUUCUCCGUGAUGAAUUCAGGCAGAACCCCAGCGAUGUGAUGGUGGCCGCUGGAGAACCGGCAGUGAUGGAGUGCCAGCCUCCUCGCGGACACCCAGAACCCACCAUCUCCUGGAAGAAAGAUGGCGUGAACGUAGACGACAGAGAUGAACGUAUAACAAUCCGAGGCGGGAAGCUGAUGAUCACCAAUACGAGGAAGAGUGACGCCGGGAAGUACGUGUGUGUGGGAACAAACAUGAUGGGGGAACGGGACAGUGAGAUCGCCGAGCUCACCGUGCUUGAGAGACCCAGUUUCCUGCGCAGGCCGAGCAGUCAGUCGGUUCUGGUGGAGCAGAGUGUGGAGUUCAGGUGCGAGGCGCAGGGAGACCCCGUCCCCACCGUCCGCUGGAGGAAAGAGGAUGGAGAACUUCCCAAGGGAAGGUUCGAGAUCCGUGAUGACCACACUCUGAAGCUGAAGAGGCUGAGCUCGGCCGACGCCGGCUCCUACACCUGCCUGGCUGAGAACAUGAUGGGGAAGGCAGAAGCCACAGCCACCCUCACCGUCCACGUUAUGUCUGUGCCUCCGGUGUUUGCGGUGCGGCCGAGGAACCAGGUGGUCGGGUUGGGACGCACCGUGACUUUUCAGUGCGAGGCAACGGGAAGCCCACAGCCAGCCAUCUUCUGGCAGAGAGAGGGGAGUCAGAACCUGCUGUUCUCCUCUCAGCCUCCUCAGUCCUCCAGCCGCUUCUCCGUCUCUCAGACUGGUGAUCUGACCAUCACUGGAGUGGAGCGCGGAGACAGCGGUUACUACAGCUGCCAGGCGCUCAACAUCGCAGGAAGCGUGAUCACUAAAGCUCUGCUGGAGGUCACUGAUAUUAUUUCAGACCGGCCUCCGCCUGUUAUCCGUCGGGGACCCACCAAUCACACGGUGCCUGUCGAUGGUACGGUGGUUCUGGGAUGCAAGGUGCUGGGAACGCCUCCACCCACCAUCCUGUGGAAGAAAGACGGAGUCCUGGUGUCCACUCAUGACUCCCGGGUCAAGCAGCUGGACUCGGGCGCUCUGCAGAUCCGCUCCGCCAAGUUUGGAGACAUGGGUGUGUAUACAUGUGUAGCUUCCAGUCCCAGCGGAGAAGCAUCAUGGAAGUCCUACCUGGAAGUUCAAGAGUUUGGUAUUGGAGUCCAGCCUGGACGACCCACCGACCCCAACCUGAUCCCCAGCGCUCCCUCCAAACCCGAGGUCACCGAUGUCACUCGCACCACCGUGUCUCUGUCCUGGAAGCCUGACCUCCACUCCGGAGCCACGCCCACAUCGUACAUCAUCGAGGCCUUCAGUCAUGCAUCAGGCAGUAGCUGGCACACUCUAGCAGAACAUGUGAGGACUGAGAACUAUGUGUUGAAAGGCCUGAAGCCCAGCGCUGUCUACCUGUUCCUGGUCCGAGCGGCUAACGCAUACGGACUGAGUGACCCGAGUCCCAUCAGCGAUGCCAUAAAAACCCAGGAAAUUCCUCCAACCAGUCAGGGAGUGGAGCACGGGCAGAUCCAGAGGGAGCUCGGGGACGUUGUCAUCCACCUCCACAAUCCAACCAUCCUUUCCUCCUCCUCCAUCCGUGUGCAGUGGACAGUGGAGCAGCAGUCCCAGUACAUGCAGGGCUAUAAGGUGAUGUACCGCGUGUCGUCAGACUCAGGGCAGACGCGGAGCGACUGGGCCGUGUUUGAGGUCAGGAGUCCUGCCGAGUACACGGCCGUGAUCUCUCAGCUCCGCAAAGGCACCACCUACGAGUUCAAAAUACGACCCUUCUUCAACGAGUUCCAGGGCACGGACAGCGACGUCAAAGUGGGCAAGACGCUGGAGGAAGCCCCCAGCGCAGCACCCAGAGGCGUGACCGUCACACAGAAUGGAGACAACGGCACGGCCAUCCUGCUGUCCUGGCAAGCACCUCCCGAGGACGAGCGUAACGGAGUGGUGCAGGAGUACAGGAUCUGGUGUUUGGGAAAUGAGAGUCGGUUCCAUAUCAACCGCACAGUGGACGGUUCUACCUUCUCCACAGUGAUCUCAGGUCUGGUCCCGGGCAUCCGUUACGGCGUGGAGGUGGCAGCCAGUACCGGAGCUGGACCCGGAGUGAAGAGUGAGCUCACCCACUUCCAGCUGGACUCCUCAGGGAAGAUGACUCAGUCCGUAGUGGACCCAGACGACACGCUCUCUCAGCAGAUCUCAGACGUGGUAAAGCAGCCAGCCUUCAUCGCCGGGAUCGGCGCGGCAUGUUGGAUCAUCCUCAUGGUGUUCAGCAUCUGGCUGUACCGCCAUCGCAAGAAAAGGAGCGGUCUGAGCACGAGCUACGCCGGCAUUCGCAAAGUGCCUUCAUUCACCUUCACGCCUACUGUUUCCUAUCAAAGAGGAGGAGAAGCUGUGAGCAGCGCUGGCAGGCCUGGAUUGUUGAACAUUAGCGACUCGGCUACCCAGCCCUGGCUAGCGGACACAUGGCCCAACAACUGCUCCAAUCAGAACGACUGCAGCAUCAACUGCUGCACCGCGGGCAACGGCAACAGUGACAGCAACCUGGCCACCUACAGCCGCCCUGCCGACUGCAUCGCUAACUACAGUCAGAUGGACAGCAAACCCACCAACCUCCUAGUGCCGGACUCGUCCCUCUACGGAGACGUUGACCUCUCCAACAAGAUCAACGAGAUGAAAACGUUCAACAGCCCCAACCUGAAGGAUGGGCGAUUGGUUGGGCCUGCGGGCCAGCCCACGCCUUACGCCACCACCCAGCUCAUUCAGUCCAGCCUGGGUACCAACCACGUGGGCAGCGCGGACCUCAACGAGAAACAGAACUGGAAGGGCAGCCAGGGGACACCUCAGAAACAACAGGAAGUGACCUCACAGCUGCAGUACAGCAUCAUGGAGCAGAACAAGCUGAACAAGGCCUCAGACCACUACAGAAGCGGAGACCCCGGCAUGCCAGCCACCAUCCCGUAUAACCAAGCGCCUGAUCCCAAUCCCAACGCCGGCACGUACAGCAGCUCCGACCGCGGCAGCAGCACAUCCGGGAGUCAGGGGCAGAAAAAAGGAGGGCGAACCACGAAGGUGCCCAAGCAGAGCGCGAUGAACUGGGCUGACCUGCUGCCUCCUCCACCCAUCAGCCCACCGCCAUGUCAGGACUACGGCAUCUCAAUGGAUGACAGCUACGAGGCCGAGCUGAAGUGCCCAGUCCCUCCGUCUCGCAUGUACUUACAGCCUGAUGAGUUAGAGGAGGAGGAAGCAGAUAUGGAACGAGGCCCGACUCCUCCGGUUCGAGGCACGGCCUCAUCUCCUGCCGCUGUAUCCUACAGCCACCAGUCCACUGCCACCCUCACGCCAUCCCCACACGAAGAGAUGCAGCCCAUGCUCAUGGAGAACCCAGAGAACCUACAUGAGCGCAGACGACAGCUAGUCAGCCCUCCUCCGCCCCCACGGCCCGUCUCCCCGUCUCACACAUACGGCUACAUCUCGGGCCCCCUGGGUCUGGACACGGACGGCCUGGAGGACGAGGAAGAAGGAGACGAUACAGACGCGGAGGUGCCGUUGGUCCACCAGCGAUACCUUCACGCGCUCGUCCCCGGAAAUCCGCAUGGCGUGCAUCCGAGGCUGACGCUGCGUGGGCUGGAUCAGACGCCGGCAUCCAGCACGUGCGAGCUGGACAGCUCCGUCACUGGCUCCAUGAUCAACGGUUGGGGCUCUGCGUCUGAAGAGGACAGCGGGUCGUCGGGACGCUCCAGUGUCAUCAGCUCGUCUGACGGUUCCUUCUUUACUGAUGCUGACUUUGCACAGGCUGUGGCUGUCGCCGCCGAGUACGCCGGCCUCCGGGUUGCGAAGCAUUCUGGGAAAGGGCCGCCACACUAUACUGGGCCAGGAGCACGGAAAUACCAAAACCUGCCUUCAGGCCACCGUCCAGCAAGUCCCUUUUCUACAGACAGUAAUAUGAGCGCAGCUGUGGUGCAGAAAAGACCUCCAAAGAAACAGAAACAGCAAGCUGCUGGACUCUACCAGCGAAGAGAGGCUUACACAGACGACCUUCCUCCACCACCCAUCCCACCUCCAGCCAUGCUCAAGUCCCCAACUCACCCAUCCAAGGCCGCGGCGGAGACAGGAAGGAGGUCCAGCUCAGCCGAGAGCAGGGACAAGAGAGACAAGAAGCCCAGAGAUGCCUCGGACACAAGAACCAGCUCGUCAGAGCGUAGAGAUGCUCAAGAAAGACAGCGGGCUCAGAGAGCCGGGAAAUCCAGCAAACCAGAGCCAAGCGCAGGACGCCAGCACCAAGAGGACAUUGUGCCCUACAGUCGACCCUCUUUCCCGGCCGUCCACAGUCCCCGGGGUGAGAGAGAGCCAAGCUCCUCCAGCUCCAUGUCAUCGCGAGGUUCUGGAGGCCGGAGGAAAGGUGAAGGAGUCGCUGGGAGCCGCAGGAAUCCUGCAGAAAUUAGCCUCAAUACCGUCGGAGCCUUCCAUCCAGGAGAAGAGCAACUGGAGAUGGCAGAGAGCUGAAGUCGGAAUGGACACAUCGUUGCCAUUUUAACAACCAUCUUCAAUUUUAACCAUCUCAACAACGCCUUUCCUUUCAUAACUAGCACUCUUGAAAACUGACCAACUGUUUAACUCUUUUAUUGUGCGCUUAAUGGUCAUUUCAUCAAAAAUUAAGAAGAAAAAAAAACAAAAAAAACAAUAAGGGUGUGCAUCUGAGGGAGUGAAAGAUUUUUGGUUUAAUGUGAUGUGGAGUGUUCCCAGGCGUUACUGUUAAUAAAUAACAUUAGCUUCAAGCAGAAAGGGGAUGGACUUACCUGUAAAUAAACAUGCCUAUAUGUCUUUUAUAAUGUGCGUAGUACGUUAAAUUUUGUCUUCCUCGGCUUAUUGGGAUCAUUUUCAAGUUUUUAUGAUUAUUCUGUAAUUGUCUGUAUCGCAUCCAUCCUGGUUGUAAAAUUGUCAUAUCGUUUAAACAGUUCUGAGAAAAGUGCCGCGUUGAAGAUGUGUUGUUUCUUUUUCUUGUUUUGUUUCGUUGUAAUGCACUGUUAUUUUGUCGUCAGUCAAGGUUUGUUGUUAUUUGUUUGCCUUUGGUUUUAAAAGCACAAUCACUAAACUUUAUUUUGAACCA